AUGGUGGGAGUGGGAGUGGUGGAAAGCGGCGGGGGCGGCGCACCCGACGGGUACUACGGCGACUAUUACCCACCCGAGUACUACGUGCCGCCCGAGAUGUGCCAACACCCGCAACAGCAUGCGCAGCACGCGCACAUGUGCACAGUGCACACUGAAUACGGUGGUAUGCCAGUUGUGACAUCGGCCACAAUGAUGCCAGCAAUGAUGCCACCGGUGUUAGACGAGGGGCUUCGACAUUACCUGGUAGCACACCCUCACGCGCAGCAUCCGCACCAUGCGCCUCAUCACCAGCCUCCACACCACCAGCCACCGCCGCACCACCAACCACCGCACCAUCAACCACCACACCAUUAUGGACCACCAACAAAUGGUGCGGGCGGUCCACAACAUUUCUAUGGUGCUGGCUACCCAACUCAUUUCCAUCAUGUGCCUCCUCAUCACAUGCAGCAUUCUCCACCACCACCAGUCUACCAAAAGGAUGAAAGAACUCAACGCCAAUAUUCAAAACUUAAACAAAAAUUGGAGCGCAAACACACAAGUAGAAAUAAUGGUGUAGAAAUCAAUUCUGGCGAAAGUACACCUUCGUUAUCACCACGUAAAGAGCUUAAUGGCAGAAAUGGCGGUAGUGGUGGCGCUUCUUCAGGCGCCUGGUCGGAAGGAGAAGGUUCUUCGGCAGGAGCUUCUGUACAGGGUGAUGAUGAUAGUGAUACACAAGCAUUUCUUGAUCUACUAUCUGCUACGAGAACCCCACAGGUUAGCGACAUAACUCCUACCAGUGCUUUGGUGCAAUGGAACUCACCAUUGCCUGAAGGAGUUUCAUUGCCGAAUGUGGAAUUGACUUAUGAUUUACUUUUGGGCGACAGAGGUCGAUAUAAAGCUAUUUACAGUGGACCAUCAUUAUCAUGCAGGGUACGGGACCUGAGGCCGGGGUGCGAGUACUCAGUGUGCCUGCAGAUCCGCGCGGGCGAGCAGACGGGCGCGGCCAGCGAGGCGGCGACGUUCCGCGCGCCCGCCGCGCCGCCGGCGCGCAUGGCGCCUGCGCGCGUCGCCAGCCGCGCGCGCUCUUCGCUACUGUUGCGCUGGGCGCCGCCCGCCGACAACGGCGCCCGCCUGCUGCACUACCUGCUCGAGAUGGACGCCGGCGAGGGCUUCGCCGAGAUCUCGCGCCCCCCGCACCCGCCAGCACACCGUUAA